AUGCCCGCUGCCUGCGGCGGGCCCCGCUCCGGCCCCGGGACCGAAGCGGGCAGCGCCCCCGGCUCCCCAGUCUUCCUCCCUGCGGCGGCCGGCAGCGCCACCGCCAGCCUGCGCGAGCUGGCGACCAGCAGGAGUGCGCCCGUGGCAAAGGAGGGAAGAAGUUCUCCUGGAGGCGGAAGGAAUAUUUGGCCCAGCCUUCUCGGACUUGGUCUGUCAGGAAGCCCUAGACCUCUUGUGGGCCCUCAGGCAGGGUUGCAUUCCCAGACUCUUUCCCAGCUUCCCUAUGGGAAGGCACUCUACAGUUACGAGGGGAAAGAACCCGGCGACCUCAAGUUCAGCAAGGGCGACAUCAUCAUCCUGCGGCGCAGGGUGGACGAGCACUGGUACCAUGGGGAGCUGCACGGGGCGCACGGCUUCCUGCCCGCCAGCUACAUCCAGUGCGUCCGGCCCUUGCCGCAGACCCCGCCCCAGGGCAAAGCACUUUAUGAUUUCGAGAUGAAGGACAGAGACCAGGACAAGGACUGUCUGACCUUCACCAAG